UCUGAAUUUAAUUUUUGUGGUAUUGCAUUUAGUUACAAUUUAAAAGAGAUAUUGUGACAAAAAACACGAGAAAGAAAAGUAAACAAGAUGAAGUUCCUUUUACUGGCUACAAUUGUCAGUUUUGUACAGUUAUGUUCAAGCGCAACACUUGUAACGAAUGGAACCAGCACAACUCCUGCUGAUGGUGCCUUGACAGUAACCAACCAGGAAAAAACCACUAAAAUUACAACGACAAGCAAUUCAACGACAUCGAUUGCAUGCAAACCGGGUGAAUUUACAUGCAAAUCCUCGAACCAGUGUAUCCCACAUUUGUGGCUCUGUGACAAUGAAUAUGAUUGUAGCGACACAAGCGACGAAGAUGCAUGUGAAAAUAAAGAAUGCAAACCAUGGAUGUUUAGUUGUGAUGAUGGCCAUUGCAUUUAUUCCACGUGGAGAUGUGAUGGAGAUCUUGAUUGUCGCAACGGCAAAGAUGAGGAAAGUUGUACGACAUCAGCAGGUACCGGUUAACAAUUAGUACGUUUGGCAUUCAAUUCGAUUUCAAAACGUUAUAAUAAGAAAUGAUUAUAAACGUUGCAAUAAUAUUACGUUUAACCGAAGUCAAUGUAAAAAAUA